UUUAGUUUCGCCUCGUCAAAAUAAAAGUAUUUGGUGGUGCAAAAUAUCUAAUAACAAAUAAAAAAUAUCCAAAAUUCUGUUUGUCAUAUAUUCCUGCAUCACCAUCCUCAAUUCCACAACAAUUUCUUUAUCAGCAUCAGGAGCUGCGUCUAGCUGUACAUACGCCAAAUAAAAAUGGAGACCACGGGAAUAACUUUACAAUUAGGCCAAAUGCUGCUGGUCCAAACCGCCAGUGAAUUAUUAACUGGUACAUUAAAGUUCGUUGAUCUAAACCGUAAAAUAAUAGAACUAGAAAACGUUUAUGAUCAGCGCUCGAAUUGUCGAUAUAAUUCGCCACAAAUUCUGGCUUUUCCUCAAAUUAAAAAACUGCAAAUUAUACGUGACGACGAGCCUUCGGAUAGCCCAAAUAGUAGCAACACUUCACCUACAACAUCCGAAGUUAAUCAGGAGAGUCACACCAGUUAUAAUACAGCGCCUAAGUCCCCAAUAUCGUCGCCUGAACUCAAGAAACCACUGCGACAGGAAAGCGAUGUUUCGCUUAGCAGCAAUGAAUUGGAAUUAAUUCAUGAGCAACUCAAUGCUAUAGUGUGCAUCACACAAACGGACCAACGCUAUCACAAAGCGCUAGCCGAUAUACGUGUACAACCGGUAGUUGCCCUUAUUAUGGAGCCAGUGGACUUUGGACGGGCACAUCGCACUUCUGUGCUGACCGUGGCCACUUUCAAAAUGGUGUACAUAUUCGAUAUAAUCGCUUUGGGCAGUAUUUUCCGGGAAAUGAAACAAUUACUAGAAUCAGAGCGUCCACGCAAAGCGGUACACUACAGUCAUAGAUUGGUAGACCACUUGAAAAAUCGAUAUGGCGUUAAACUUGGUGGUGUAUUCGAUACAUUUGUGGCCGUUUCACUUGUGCGCGGUGUAAAACAGCCAAUGACGCUAAUUGAAGCAGUAGGGCAAGUUUUAAAUAUAACACAUCUUUACUUUCAGCCUGAUGCAGUCGAAAUUAAAACUUACGAUCCAUAUAAACGUCCGCUUUCCGCUGAGAUGUGCCAAGUGUUAGCCAAAAAAGCUAUAUUCCAAUUAAAGCUACAUGAACACCUGCUCCAUAAGCAUAUGCUGAAAAACUUUUACAAUCAAUGUGAAGUUUUUUCGCAAACAUUUUGCGAAAAUGAAGAUGCGCCGUUUCAGAUGCAACGAGAAAGUCGUGCAGGAUUUCAGCAUAUAAAACGCAGUCCCAACGAGUUUGCUUUUAAAUUUAAUGAUCUCAAGUAAUUUUAAAAGUAUCCUAAAAAGCAGUAGACCCACAAUAGACCUCUUGAUCACAGUGCACAUUCCUUCUGAUGCCUACUUGUCUACCUAUUUUAAUAGUGUAUACUAUUAUUUGAACUCUGCGUUCAAAAGGGCUUUUCUGGUUGUUACCGAACAAUUUGUAACAUAAAAAUUUAAACAUUUUAUGUAUUAACAAAAACUAAAAGGGUUUGUUAGCAGCGCAGAAUUGACCGGUAAAUUAACAGUUUUAUUACAAAAUGUUUGGUAUGCAUAAACAUAAGGGCGAAACACGUAAUACUUUAUUGAACCUGCAUGGCAUAACAAAAGGGGCACCCAUAAAUCACGUGAUACCUUUUUCCAACCUAUUUGACCACCUUCCCCGAUAGGGAUUCAAAGUAAUAUUCCAAAGAGUUUUUUUAUCGUAAUAUAAAACUGUCCAAAAAUUUAUUUUAGUGGACCAAAAUAAAAUAUAUAAAAAAAAAAUAAAACAUUAAUUCAUUAAUGUAAUGGUAACAAAAAUUAUAGCAAAUCAUGUUCGCCUACGCUAUUGCAAGAUGGUUGAUAGCAACCAUUUGACAAACCCGUCUGCCUAUAAUGAGCGCUGGAUUUAUGGAAGUAGUAACAUAUCAGAACGCAUGUAAAGAGCUCUUUCGCCAAUUGUAUCAUUUUUAAAAAUUUUAUGAAAUUGUAAACAAAGUUUUAUAUCGUAAAUUGUAUGGAAAGAGAACAUUUAGGCCACUGAUGUCAGUUAGGAAUUUGAACAUUUUGCCCAAACAUUUUUUACCUUUAGUUAAGGUAAAACAAACCUCAUAAUAUCCUAUAAUUUCCUUAGAUGGAAAGUUAGUGCAUGACAAUAUUUGUAAAAUGUAGUAACUAAGUAUAAAUGCUGACUGACUUUACUACCAUUAUGUACCCACAGCAAAACAGAGGAAACUGAAAAAUGAUAUUGUGCUGAAGGGACCUUUGUUCUUUAUUUUAAUUAAGUAUCACUGAAAAGGAGUAAUUGCAGAAAACGGUUAACACUUCAAAUUAUUUAAGUGUGAAUAAUGACUUUCCAAAUGAGGAGCUGCAUGUGGACGUAUGUACAUAUAUGAAGCUUCUUCACUUUUCCCACUAAAGUUAUAAACAAUAAGAGCAAAACUUAAUUGUUCAUUACAACCGCUCACUUAGAUGAAACGAAUAUUAAAUUAAAUAUGUAAGAUAUGAUAUAAAUUGAAGUAAUACAUCACUUAUAAAGGCGAAAUAAGAUUUGUAAUUCUUACUUGUCGCCUACUAAAGGUUUGUAUAGUAACUUCUCCAGUAAAACAUUGCAGCGAGAGCGUAAAAGCGAUAUAGAGCGUAAAAUUGAGAAGAGAAACCCAGCUGAAGAAGUUAUUGAACACAAAACUAGUAAAAAUUUGCAAGUGAACAAUUGUUGCACCGUUUUGACAUUCCGCUGUAAACAUUUUACUAUUUAUAAAUCAGUUUUAAACUCUUUGCUUUACACACAAGCACUUAUACAGUAGA